AUGAACUUAGUUCACAGAGGCAGGCUGCAGUUAAUUGGAUUACUGUUGUCUGUAGUAGGAUGGAUUUUAACUGGUGCCUGUAACUAUUUGCCGGAUUGGAAAAAUCUCAAUUUAGACUUAAAUGAACUGGAGACUUGGACCAUGGGACUCUGGCAAACAUGUAUAGUCCAAGACGGAGGAGGAACACAGUGUAAAGAUUUUGAUUCUUUCCUAGCUUUGCCUGUAGAAUUCAAGGUUUCCAGGAUUUUAGUAUCUGCAUCAAAUGGACUAGGACUUGUGAGCCUUGCGAUCUCUAGUUUUGGCUUGGACUGCCUAAAGGUGGAGGAUACAGAGCAGAAAUUAAAGAAACGACUGUUACUACUUGGAGGAGUACUCCUAUGGAUGUCUGGAGCUCUGGCCUUAGUCCCUGUUUCUUGGGUUGCCCAUGUUAUCAUCCAGGAAUUUUGGGAUGAAGAUAUCCCAGAGAUUGUGCCCAGAUGGGAAAUGGGGGAUGCAAUGUUCAGUGGUUGGUUUGGUGGAUUUUUUAUAAUUCUAGGAGCAUCCCUACUCCUCUCCACCGCCUGCUCAUCGACUGGCCAUCCGUUACCAGAGCAGUAUACAAUGGCGGAUCUACAAGAUACUCAUCAACACGUGGAAAUUAGAAGAUUUUAA